AUGGGCCGGAAGCGGCUCAUCACUGACUCCUACCCAGCAGUGAAGAGAAGGGAGGGCCCCGCUGGACACAACAAGGGGGAGCUGGCACCAGAGCUAGAGGCAGAGAUCCAGCCCCUGAGCGUGGAUGAAGUGGAGCUGGAGCUGCUGAGGCACUUUGACCUGGCCUGGCAGUACGGGCCCUGCACAGGGAUCACAAGGCUGCAGCGCUGGCAUCGGGCUGAGCAGAUGGGCUUGGAGCCUCCCCCAGAAGUGUACCAAGCGCUACAAACCCACCCGGGAGAUCCCCGCUUCCAGUUCAGUCUCUGGCAUUUCUAUCCCCUCUGA